UGACAACAGUUGACCAAGUUUUCAAAAAUAGUUACAUUAAUAAGCUAUCUUAUGUCUUCUCGAAUAAUCAGAGAAAGUUAUGUUUCUUCCUUUGGUAAAUACUCUUUCAUACACAUCAGUCAAUUAACAUAAUGAAUAAACUUUUAUUUCAGAUAGAUCAUUAACAACAAAUUAUCCAGUGAAUUAUAACUAUUGUGAGUCAAACAGUUCAUCAGCUGAUGAAAUACUAAGUAAGAAGACUAUGAAUCGUGGAAAACCGGAAUGUAAGGACCUGGAGUAAACUAUAUAUAAACAAAAUUGUUAAAUCUCAAUAAUUAUGUGUCCUUUAAGUGGUAGGUUCAGCAGACGAUAAAUGUUUGACAUGUUUACUAGUAAAUGACGUCAUUCAAGAUGCACUCAAAUCAGAACUUAGAAAUAACAAUGAAAUACUUCUUUUAAACAAUGGUCAGAAUAACAACGAGUUAAAUCCAACAGAAAAUGAAACAUAUGACUCUGAUGACUCUAAUGCAUAUGUGAGAAGACGUGUGGCAGAACUUAACUUGGAAUUAUCGAAGGAAACAGAAUACCUUUCUGAUAGCUAUGAAAAAAAGACAGGACGUGUAAAUUUUCAUCCACAACUUUUUUAUUCAAGGAUAAUAAGCCAGGACAGUUGUGAAGAUUUAAAUGAUUUCAGUGAGGACGAAAUGAAUGAGUUGACGAAAAUAAGUCAUAAUGAUGACGAUACAGUGAGUAAACCAAUUAUGAACGCGAAUCCAAGACAUUCCCAACAACUGACGUCUGUAAUACCAAGCCCUGUUAAUAUUACUGAGAAUAACUUGGGCAGACAAGCGUCUCUCAUUCUAAAAGAAAACAAUGUAGAAGAGCCCGACAGAAAUUUGACUGAUGAUGUAAAUAUUACACGUACAGAUGAUGUAACAAAGAAAAAGAAUCACCGUACAGCUUCAAUCAACGAGCAAGAUAACAAUGUUACUAAAAUAAUAACUAAGCAUUCUCAAUAUAGUAAUGAUAAACCGUUAACCGAAAAAGAGAAGGAAAAUUCAAUCCAAACAUGGCAUCGACUUAAACAUCAAGAACACAUGAAAGUUAAGGUGGAAGAAAGGAAAACAUACAAAAGAGAACAUGUACAAGAAAAAGAAGUUGCAGAUAAAAAUCGCAGUGAUCAGAAAGUAUCAAACUGGUUAAGAGCUAAAGUUUUACAAAGAAAAGGUGAAGAGGAAAUGAAAAGAUAUGAAAAUGAAGAACAACAAUAUCUGAAUGUUGUGCAUUCUAGAGAGGCAUGUGAGCAAGCAUUUAAACAGUGGUUGAGAAGAAAAAAUCGUGAGGCGAAGGAACAAAAACGGAGGGCGAAAGAGCGGAUGAAAAUUACACAACAGUUAAUGCGAGGUAAUCAUGAUUGGCAACAGUUCAUGAAAACCAUACAAAAAUUCGACGUAUUAAAGAUUGUACUAUGAACCAAAAUACUUAUUCAAUUACGUAUUGCACAAUGUCUGCGAUUUUGACAAGUCAAAGCGGAAAUCAUCUUCAAGUUCACUUUUACUGAGUACGCGUUUGAAAUGUUAAAAAUUAGGAUAAGUACUCGAUGUGUCUUAUCGUAACACAAUAUAUGAAGUACUUUUUUUAUUAUUA